CCAAACGCAUCCGCGCACACGCCAGUCGCAAUGCGUGCGCCGGCCGGCCCCGCGGCGUGCGCCGUACUUCUCUUCUUUCCUGUUAUCCUGGUACUCGCCAGUCACGACGAGGCUGGAUACUAUGUGGAGGAACCGUUUCAUGAUGACGUUUUUGAUGUAGCUGACUACUCAGAAUGCCCGACAGACAAACUCCUGCGCACGCGGCAGACCUGCCACGUGGACGGCAUGGAAAUGCAGUGUAUCAAACUACAGUGUUGUGACACGCACUCUUUAAUAGCGGGCCGCUGCAUCCCAAAAUCCCUAGACCCUUGCAGUCUGAAGAUGUGUGAGCAGGCGUGCGAGGUGCAGGGGGAACUGAUGCGGUGCUCCUGUUACGCGGGCUACAGGUUCAAUCCAGACAAUUACAGUAGAAGGUCGCAACCGUACUGCGUUGAUAUAGACGAAUGUGCAUCAAACAACGGGGGUUGCGACCACCGCUGUGUCAAUGACCCCGGAGGCUAUCGGUGCGCAUGCGAUGCACCGCUGAUCCUGGCUGCAGAUGGGAGACGAUGCGAAAGACCAACUCCUGUUCCAAUGCCGGCUCCCCUUCCACUGAUUCGGGCAUCAUCCCGGUGUUACGCGAGCUGCGAUACCGUCUCCUGGUUGACGAGGAACGUGAGAACCCUCACCGAGCAACUCAGAGCCACUCAGGAGCAGCUCAAGAAGAUUAGCGACAGCGUCGUUAUUAGCGAAGAGGAUGGAUCGUAUUCAUAUAAAGUAUUGGAUUCCGUCGCGCCGAUGGAAGGAGGCUACUGCCGGUGUGAGAGAGGGCCACGGGGUCCAGCCGGGCCCCCAGGAGCUGAAGGCCCCAAGGGGUCGAUGGGACCGCGAGGGACCCGAGGCCCGCGUGGCCCUGAAGGUUCCCUGGACCUGAUGCUGCUAUUGUUGGCUGACAUGCGACACGACAUCAACAACUUGGAGAAAAGGGUUUAUAAGGAUGGGGAAAUCCCUGAACGGUUCAACCUGCAGAAGGCCUGGAGUCACCAACGCAGACAAGAGAGGUUGGAAAACGAGAGGAACACAGAGCAAGCACUCGAGGCUUUCACCGCGCCUGCUUUGGAGUUCACAGAAGACAGAGUGGAAAUAUCACCAGAUGGUCACACCGGCACUAUUCCUCACGAAAGCACCACCGACUGGUCCCAGGUCAAAGGCGACACCGACUCCAUCAUACCUAGAUUGGAAGACCUUAAACUGAUAGACGAGAAACUACGACAAUUUUAUAUAUUAGCUAAUACCACCAUCCCUUCAGAUGACGAGGAAGAUAUUGAUGAGGCAGAAUAUAAUAACUACUAGGAUAACAUAUUGACGAAGUGUUUUAUUUUUUACUUUGACAUAGACUCCAGGCAAUUUACACAUUAGUAAUUUUAAGGAGCAACAUAUUUAUUUUCGAGAAUUUUAAAACUAAAAAUAUUUUGUAGGGUCGGCAACUGCCGAAGUGGCGCUAGUGUGCCUUGCUACCAUAACAAAGCAGAUUUU